AUAAAAUUGCCGUAGAAGUAGAACUAGAAGUGAACAUCAUCCUUACUGCAUGUAGUGAUCUUUAAUGUUAUAUUCUUGUUACUUAGGUAGUAAAUUGAACAGAGAAAACAGACACUGAAAGAAGAACCCCUUGGAGACAUCCUCGUCGAGCAAGUUCUAGGUCGGGAAGCACUUCAUAUAAAUUGUACAGAGGUUGAGGUUCUUAAGAUUCGAAAAUUAUAGUACACAGGUUAGUCGUACUAGUACAGCGGUUGAGGUUAUUCGAAAAUGAGAGUUGUACAGAAGUCGUCGAGGUUAUUUAAGUAAUCAAAUACUGUGUCUGGUACAGACAUUUCAACAAUCCAGGAACUUUCAAGAGUAAGGAACUUUCUUAGAGUAGAAAGACCACCAAGAAUAAGAAAUCUCCAAGAAUGUCGGGCUCGAGCUCAGCUGUUCACUGGCGACUCGGAGGUCGAGAAGGCGAGUGGAGCGCUGAGGAUGUGGUAUGGUGGGCUUUCGCUGAUGAUCCGAUCGCAACGACUCUUGGCUACUUAUACCAUCAUUAUGGAUGGUGAAGUGAGGAUGCAGAAGUUUUUCUUUUUUCCAAUCGUCGUAGUGAGCAUUUCGAUUUUUCCAACUUUGAACUGUUUAGCCCGAUCAUCGUCGUAGCAUUUUUUCACUUUGUCUGUUCAAAGUGGCGAAAGGGUUGUUCUGGGAUCUUUUGAGGGUGAAGAGGGGAUGCAUGGUCCUCUUGCUACUUCGAUGGAUAUAACUGAAAACAACUCGCACUUCUUUCAUGAUCACGUGUUCCGCUUCAUGGAAUUUGUUCCAUUGUACGUGGGUACCAUUGUGCUUCUACGAUAUGCCAAUCGCAGAUACGAUAUGGAGUUGUUGGAAAAGAUAGCAGCGAGACAAGCACAAAAUUAAGGGUCGUUUCCACCCAAUUACAUUUCUCAGUACUAAACCAUCCUUGGCUCUUUUCCUACCAGAAGUAGAGCCAAGGAUCUUCUGAGGAACGUAAAAUUCCGUAACCUCUAAGAAAAAGAAAGACAUCCUUCAGACAAAGACACAGAGGGCGAAGGAACUACAACUGCGAAUAAAAACGAGAACAAGCUUUAAGGCUUAGUUAGUAGCAUCUUAAUUAUGGAGCUUGAUAAUGCUGAACAAUUUUCACGACCUUCAUUUUAUGGAGUGCUUUCCGUUUCUCGGAAUCUCAGUGGGGAUGAUACCACGCACUAGAUGAAGAAAGUAAGACGCUUUGUUGCUGAUGAGCAAUUUAGGUAAAAAAUCUCUAAAGCUGGUUGAACUUGAAGCGGUUACCGCGGCUAAAACAAGGCGUCUUGAUGCUAUUGGUCCUUGCAGUGAUAGUCGUCAGCGUCUAUCUCUUGGUGAAAACUGGAAUUAUCCAACUCUACAACCUGGUCUGUUACUUGUUCACAAGUCACGGUACGAGCAAGAAUUCAGUUUUUGAACAUGAAGACGCCGCUGCCGACAAACGACAGCUCGCGCUCUCUGGAGGCUGGAUCCUUCUGUUAAGAACUGCAGGAGCUAACCGUUGUAUCAUCUUCAACUUGGAUAUAAGCAUUAAUAUGGAUGUUUUUGUCUACCAAAUAGAUAUCUUCAACUUGGACAUCAUCAUUAUAGAGGAUGUCUACCAAAUAGAUAAGUAAUACGGUAUGCCAGCCAUUUAAAUACCUUCUAUCAGUACCUUCUUUCUAAUAUUCGGCUUAGGGGCUGUUGCGGUAUCUCUCUUUCUAGACUACGCGAUACAGCAGAUAGCUCUCGCUGCCCAAAAACAGGAUAUGGAACGACAAAAACAGUUAAGGUGACCAGUCUUGAAUUCGAUAAAGCCAUAGUGAAGUUAUAAUAUUUAUACGUAUGUUCUUCAUCAUCAACAUACACAAGCUAUUGGUACUAUUCAGUCAAGGCCGUGAGUAUGCACCUCAGAAGCUUGUGUCUGCUCCAGUGGCGGAUAAGGCGCAUCUUCGCUAAGAUAGGAAGUCGAACGAGGAGAUACGAGAUGGAGUUCGGGGACGAUUCUGCGUAAGAAUACGGCGAAAGACGAAAUGGAGCGUGAUACAAAGUUGGAUUGAGCAUCGACGUCUCUAAUUAAAAAUCAUGAGAUUGAGAAAUACCGUGCUAGAUGAAAGAUGAAAGAAAGAAACUAUACUCAAAAAAAUGGUGCAGUGAUCAUCGCUCUGCCUCAACACGAUGAACAGAGGACCACGACGGAUGUCCCGGGAUUAGCCGCGGCAAAUAUACAAGUUGCAUCAUUUGAAGUUUCCAAGCAAC